AGUUGACAAUCUUCUCUGUUUCUAAGUUUCUCUUCUUCUUAAAAGGAAUCUCCAUGGUACUUCUAUGUUUUUUUUUUUAAAGUGUUUUGAAGCAAAUUAUAAUUACUAUAGUAUAGGUCCAAAACAGAGUAAUAUUUCUGAAAUAUGACAAAGAUUUUCUUCUUAAUUUUCGUGUAUAACAGUGACUUUUCCCAAUUUUUUUCUUGGGAUAGAAAUGUUUCUAUAAACAAUAUAGUAACAAUUUGACACGCAAUGACAUUAACUAUGAACAAAAAAAAAAAGGAAAAACACGAAACAACUGACAAAAAAUUAGAGGCUCACGAUCAAAAUGACGACUGAGUUGGAGGAGUUCUGCUCUGGUGACUGGAGAGAGAGAUGAAGCUUGCAGGAUUUUCCCGCCGAUGAUCAUGAUUGACAGCAGCAAUGAUCGGCGUUGGUUCGCCGUUGGAGGAAGAACCAUCAGCUUCACCAAAAAGGAAAGGUGGUUUUCAAUUUUCACGUGGCGGAGGUGCAGAAGGGUACAAUGGUUCGAAUCCUAUUAAUACAGCAAAUGGGUGCAAGCCUGUUUUGUUUUCUAGCAUUUUGACUAGAAAGCUAGGUUUGAGUUUCAAGGGUGCUGGUAAAGUUAGCGCUGCAUUGGUAUCUGGAGAAGGGGAUGUCCUAUCUUAUCCUAAUAGUAAUGGAUCUGUUACUGGGAAAACUGGUUUUGUCAAUGGACUUGUUGACCAACCAACUGGGAUUGAGAUACAACCUGAUGCUAUAGGUUUUGGAACACUUGCGGCUGAAAUAACUCCUAUGACUAGUGGUUUCUUGUCUGAUGAAUACGACCUGGAUCAUCCUACAGAAGGAUUUGCUUCCAUCCCGGAAGCCAUUGAAGAUAUUCGUCAAGGAAAGUUAGUGAUUGUUGUAGAUGAUGAAGAUAGAGAAAAUGAGGGUGAUCUGAUAAUGGCAGCGUCAUUGGUAACACCUGAGGCCAUGGCCUUUAUUGUCAAGCAUGGAACUGGAAUUGUUUGUGUGAGCAUGAAAGCUGAAGACUUGGAGAGGUUAGAACUACCAUUAAUGGUGACCCAGAAGGAGAAUGAGGAAAAACUUUGUACAGCAUUCACUGUAUCAGUGGAUGCAAAGCAUGGUACAACAACAGGUGUCUCUGCUCGUGAUAGAGCUACAACAGUGCUGGCUUUGGCAUCAAAAGAGUCAAAUCCUGAAGGUUUCAACCGCCCAGGUCAUAUUUUUCCUUUGAAGUACAGGGAGGGAGGGGUUCUGAAAAGAGCUGGGCACACUGAAGCUUCUGUUGAUCUUGCUGUAUUAGCUGGGCUAGAACCUGCUGCAGUUUUAUGUGAGAUUGUGGAUGAUGAUGGUUCCAUGGCUAGGUUGCCAAAGCUUCGUGAAUUUGCACAGGCAGAAAAACUGAAGAUUAUUUCUAUUGCUGAUCUAAUCAGAUAUAGGAGGAAAAGAGAUAGGCUGGUGGAGCUGGCUGCUGCUGCACUGAUACCCACAAUGUGGGGCCCAUUUAAAGCAUACUGUUAUCGGUCAUUGCUAGAUGGGAUCGAGCACAUUGCGAUGGUUAAAGGUGAAAUUGGCGAUGGGCAAGAUAUUCUUGUGAGGGUACAUUCUGAGUGCCUCACUGGUGACAUAUUUGGGUCAGCCAGAUGUGAUUGUGGCAACCAGCUGGCACUAGCAAUGAAGCAAAUUGAGGCAGCUGGGCAGGGUGUAUUGGUGUAUCUUCGUGGACAUGAAGGUAGAGGCAUUGGUUUGGGCCACAAGCUCCGUGCUUACAACCUACAAGAUGAUGGACGUGAUACAGUUGAGGCCAAUGAGGAGCUUGGGUUACCUGUUGACUCUCGAGAAUAUGGUAUUGGUGCACAGAUACUACGGGAUCUGGGUGUUCAUACAAUGAGGCUGAUGACAAACAAUCCUGCAAAGUAUGUUGGGCUUAAAGGUUAUGGUUUGGCCAUUGCCGGCAGGGUUCCAUUAUUGACCCCGAUAACGAAGCAGAACAAAAGGUACUUGGAGACAAAACGUGCAAAAAUGGGGCAUAUUUAUGGUUCAGAUAUUAAUUCGACCAGUAACACCUCCUCUAUUGCCAUAUCCGAGACAUAAGCAGGUCUGUUUAGAUAUCCUUGUUGCUUGAGUUAGUAUGUCAAGUAGGUCUGCUGGGAUAACAACAUAAUCGGGAGAUGCUCUGACACUGGCAUUGAAUUUUGAUUUGCUAUUUAAUUUUAAAAUUUUAUAAUAGGGAACCUAAUCAUGUUGAAAAUCCUGGUUCAGGUUCACCAUAUCUAUUCCAUGUAAAUACUUUCUUUUUUUAAUUUUCUUUUGCUAUGGAAGUG